AUGAACGCUGGAACAAAGGCCAAGGUGGUGACCCCAGAUGGCAACAGUAAGGAGUCUGACAUCCUGUCUGGGGUAAUGCAAGGGGACACACUAGCCCCCUUCCUCUUCAUCAUAGUCCUGGAUUAUGCGCUUAGGAAGGCAAUCAGUGGGCGAGAGCAGGACCUUGGCUUCAUGCUAAUACCAAGAAAGUCGAGACGACACCCCGCAGUAGUCCUCACAGACCUUGACUAUGCGGACGACAUCAGUCUGCUUUCGGACAAUGUGGAACAAGCACAAGAACGACUGAACAGAGUAGAGCUAGAGUGCGCCAAGGUUGGCCUUAGGCUAAAUGCCAAGAAAACUGAGGUCAUCACCUACAACGUUCCACCAGAACGUCAACCUCUGACAACAGCAGGAGGUACUGUGCUGAAAGAAGUCGAGGACUUGAAGUACCUGGGCUCAUGGGUCAACACAAAUGAGCAAGAUCUAAAAGUGAGGAAGGCACUGGCAUGGAGGGCCCUGAAUGGCAUGACCAGUGUACGGAACGCCAACCUCGCCCGCCAAACCAAACUCAACUUCUUCUAUGCAACAGUAGAAUCUUUUCUCCUCUAUGGCAGUGAAUGCUGGACCUUGAAGGCAACCCUUCAGAAGUCUCUAGACGGGUGCUACACCAGGAUGUUGCGGGCAGUGCUUAACAUCAAGCGCCUGCCGACGUCCCCCAUCACACCCCAUCCCAACGCCACGGCAGCCGCGGGCGUGGUGAUGGCGUGUUUCCAUGACGACGAUGCCUUCAAGUACCGGGCCUACGCCUUCACCUACCUGCUGGUGUUUCCCGUCGCCUUCCUCUGCAACGUGGGCGCGCUGGCCGUGUUCUUCCUGCAGAGCGGCCGCAGAAGCUCCGCCUCCUGCGUGGUCAUGAUGAACCUCGCCCUAUCAGAUAGCAGCUUCUCCCUCACCCUCCCUCUGCGAUUGGCUUAUUACUUCGGGGGUGGGAAGUGGUUGUUCCCCGAUUGGCUGUGCAGACUGUGUGUGUUUGGCUUCUACCUGAACCUGUACACCAGCGUCCUCUUCCUCACUCUACUGAGCAUGCUCCGCUGGUUGGCUGUGGCCCACCCCCUCCGUCACCAGACUCUGGCCACGCCCACCCGAACCUUAUUGGCCUGCCUGGGAGUGUGGCUGGUGGUGGGCGUGUCCUCCCUUCCGUUCCUGUCCAAUGGGGUGACAUACAGGCAGGGGGCGCCGCGCUGCUUCGAGCCGUCUACGCCGUCCUCCUGGUCGCGCCUCCUCAUCCUAAACUACAUUGGAUUGGUCCUCGGCUUCCUCCUCCCCUUCCUCACCAUCAUCAGCUGCUACGGUGGACUAGUGCGGCGCCUCACGUCCAGCUCCGGCGUUCGCCACACCGGCGUUCGCCGAGGCGCCGCCUGCAGGCGCCGGCGCUCGGUGCACCUGGUUGCCAUGGUGACGGCCACCUUCCUGCUCUGCUUCCUGCCCUACCACGUGAUCCGACCGCUGCACCUGCACGCCGUGUGCGGCCGCUGGAGCUGCGGCGUCACGCUGCGGCUGCAGCGAGCGACGGUGGUGACGCUGUGCCUGGCGGCGUCCAACAGCAUGGCCAACCCCCUGCUCUACUACUACGCCACCAGGACCUUCAGGGACAGCAUGAGGGACGCCCAGUCCUCGCUGCGCUCCACCAGAGGGGGGUCCUUCAGCUGCCCGCUCCGUGCCGGUGCCCCGGUGACCCUCUCCCCCCCCCCCUCCCGCCGCCCUCGGCAGCAGCAGCGGCCGCCGCCCGCCGGACCCGCCGUCGGAUCACCGAGUUUCAGCGACCGGACCUGCCGUGAUUCACCGCCCCGCCGGCGGGCCUCAACUUUCCUGCGCCCCGGUCCACCGUGUUCCUCUGUCCGCCGACGGCCGCCGGUACCGGGUGGUGACGUCAGCCCCGAAAAAAGUUCAGAGGGAUCCGCCGGGAACCGGGAGAGGGCCGGUUCCACCGGGUUUGAACUUUUGUUGGACGGGACGCAGCAGCGCCCCCACCCUGCUCCCCCCGCCGGGCCGCCCCGGUACCGACAGGCCCGCAGCAGCGCCGGACCAGCGCCGGACCAGACCCGGGACCAGACCCGGGACCCGCCGCUCCGCCGGCUGCCUUCGUUCGGUCGCUGUUCUGUUUACCGGACCGGGACAUGGGCGCCGUGUGAACGGAGCAGCGCGUGGCCUCCACGAGACGGUCGCUUCCUCCGGUAG